GACAGACCUCCUCUGGUGCUGCUCACAGACAACAUGUGGCACCGAGAUGAGCUUCUGAAAUCCAUAUGGCACGCAUUCACAGCCCUGGACCUGGAUCAACGUGGAAAAGUUUCCAAAUCUCAGUUAAAGGUGCUGUCUCACAGCCUGUGCACAGUGAUGAAGGUUCCUCAUGACCCUGUGGCCCUUGAAGAGCAUUUCAAAGAUGAUGAUAAAGGGCCAUUGUCCAACCAGGGCUACAUGCCUUACCUCAACAGGUUUAUUCUUGACAAGGUACAGGAGGAUUUUGAUAUACUGGAGUUCAACAAGAUGUGCUGGACACUGUGUUACAAGAAAAAUAUCUACACUAAACACCUACUCUUCUCAGAUGACGAUGCUUUCAAAGUCUGGUGCAUUUUCAACUUUCUGUCAGAAGACAAAUACCCGCUAGUCAUCAUUACUGAAGAGAUCGAGUACUUCCUGCGAAAGCUGAUGGAGGCCAUGAGAAGCGGAUGGAGUGAGGAGCAGUUUGCAGAUUACAAGCUGCACAAAAAGAAGAACUGCCUGACUGCCUGGGAGCUGAUUGAGCUGUUGGGUAUGGGUCACUUCAGCAAGGGCAUGAACUGCCAGACCCUGUCCAUGGGCAUCAACGAGGUCUUCCUGGAACUCAUAUUGGAUGUGCUCAAGCAGGGAUACAUGAUGAAAAGGGGCCACAUAAGGAAGAACUGGACCGAGCGCUGGUUUGUCCUUCGACCCAACUCACUGUCAUACUACGUCUGUGAGGAUCUUGUGGAGAAGAGAGGACACAUCACUCUGGACCGAAACUGCUGUCUGGAGUCUCUGCCAGAUAAAGAAGGGAAGAAAUGCCUGUUUAUUAUCAAGUGCACUGAUAAAAGCUUUGAGAUCAGUGCAUCAGAUAAAAAGAAGAAGCAGGAAUGGAUGCAAGCGAUACAAACGUGCAUCCAGCUGCUGAGGUUAGGGCUGCCGUCUCCUCACCGCGAGGCCCGGCUGAGGCGCAGGGAGCUCCGGCAGAGGCAGCAGGCGGAGGAGGAGGACCUGGCAGAGAGGAUGAAGCAGCUCCAGGCGAUCAAUGAGAACAAACAGAGACAGCUGGAGGCUAUGAGGAUGAAAAUGGAAGAGGCUGCAGCUAAAGCAGCAACUGAGGAGCACAGAAGGAAGAAGACUCAGUCAGACCUGCAGGAUCGCUACAGACUCGACCUGGAGAGAGAGAAAAUGGUGCGUCAGCAGAUGGAGGAGCAGGUGGCUCAGAAGUCCAGUGAACUGGAGCAGUACCUGCAGCGCGUCCGGGAGCUGGAGGACAUGUACCACCGGCUGGAGGAGGCCUUAGAGGACGAGAGGCAGGCCAAGCAGGAUGAGGAGGCCAUGCGCAAGCUGCAGGCCAGGCUGCUGGAGGAGGAGGGAGCGAAGAGGGCAGAGCUGGAGCACAUCCACCUGCAGCAGCAGAGGGUGCUGUCUCAGACUGAGGCCGAGAAGCAGGAGCUGGUGGCCGAGCAGCUGGCCAAGGAGAGAGACCUGCAGGCCGCCAUGCUGCAGCUGGAUAGACUGAAGAUGGAGCGGCAUGGAGCACUGGAGCAGUAUGAGGAGAUGUCAAGGAAGCUUGAGCGAGCAGCAAACAAGACAAAGACUUGGAAGGACAAGGUGGCCAAACACGAGGGGCUGGUGCGUCUCAUCCAGCCAGGUCAUAAAGGACCUCAGAGGAUCACUAACUGGGGUCCGGCUUCAUUCACCGACGCUGAGCUGGAGCUGAGGAAGAAGUCAUGGCAGGAGAGGAAGAACCAGGGGGCUCAGGCUCAGUGAACAACCACCCACUGAUGAGGAAGACUCCGACUGUAAUUAACUUUGGAGCCCAAACUGUCACAUUCUGUCUGAAGAGGUUUGAUAGCAUGACACAUGGCAGCUGCCCAGAAAACUGUUUUACUGAUUAGAUUUGUGUUACUUUUAAAAGAGCAGCUGCGUUUUAUAACAAAAAUUCAUAUUCAAGCAUUAAACCUUGGAAGAAGUAGAGUCUGGAGCUUCUCAUUGUCUUUGCUCAGUUGUCAUGGAGAUGGUGAUGAUGGGUCACAUGAUGACAUCUGACCAAGCAAACUUGACCAUGAGAUGCGGUUGAAAUCUAGAGAAUAAAAGCUAAUAAGUGGUCCUUGAGUAAAGAUGACUUCAUGACUGACAUAAAUUCUUAUUCUCAUUCAGUUUUUAUUUUGUUCAGUUGAAUUUGUUCUUUUGUCAUUUUAGUCCUUUCUGAUUUCACGCGCUGUGUUUAAUUUUACUACUUCUCACAUUUUUGUGUUUCUGACUUAAAUUUGCUAUAAAUGUAGCCUUUUACUGACAUACAAAAGAGUAUAACAGUAGACACAUUUUCCACUCUUUGCUCGGUUUAUUAGCUAAAGUGAAUUGCAUCUGUUAGUCAUAACGAAGAUGAUAAAAAAAUAAAACACCAUCUCUUUUUUAUGAA